AUGGCAACAAUCGUCUCUACAAAGUUAAAUAAGAGGCCAAAGGUCUAUCGACUCGCCUCUUGCCCCACGAAUGAUGCUAUCAAUGAGAUCGACCGCUUCAUUUUUCACCAUCCGCUAACAAUGGCCCUGCGACGAAAUCCUCAGUAUCUCGAGUCGCGACCACACCUGGACGCCCCAGCAGUUUACGAAGCGAGAACCUCUUUGACUGGAGCACUUGCCGGGCAUCAAAAAAUAACUGUCCCGCCAUAUGUCUUCGAAUAA